UAGGCUCCGCCCCCGCCCCACCCGCGCGGCCGGCUCGUUCCUGGGCCUCGCUCGUGCGCCUGCGCGAGCCCCGGACUCGAAGCAGCCAUGAUGGAAGGUCUGGAUGACGGCCCCGACUUCCUCUCGGAGGAAGACCGCGGACUUAAAGCAAUAAAUGUCGAUCUCCAAAGUGAUGCUGCUCUGCAAGUGGACAUUUCGGAUGCUCUCAGUGAAAGGGAUAAGGUCAAGUUCACUGUUCACACGAAGAGCUCGUUGCCAAAUUUUAAACAAAAUGAAUUUUCGGUCGUUCGACAACAUGAGGAAUUUAUCUGGCUUCAUGAUUCCUUCGUUGAAAAUGAAGACUAUGCAGGUUACAUUAUCCCACCAGCACCACCAAGACCUGACUUUGAUGCUUCACGGGAAAAACUGCAGAAGCUUGGAGAAGGGGAAGGGUCGAUGACAAAGGAAGAGUUCACCAAGAUGAAGCAGGAGCUGGAAGCUGAAUAUCUGGCGAUUUUCAAGAAGACAGUCGCAAUGCAUGAGGUGUUCCUGUGCCGUGUGGCAGCACAUCCUAUUUUGAGAAAGGAUUUGAAUUUCCACGUCUUCUUGGAAUAUAAUCAAGAUUUAAGUGUUCGAGGAAAAAAUAAAAAAGAAAAGCUUGAGGAUUUCUUUAAAAACAUGGUUAAAUCAGCGGAUGGAGUCAUUGUUUCAGGAGUAAAGGACGUAGACGACUUCUUUGAGCAUGAACGAACAUUCCUUUUAGAAUAUCAUAACCGAGUUAAGGAUGCAUCUGCCAAAUCUGACAGGAUGACAAGAUCUCACAAAAGUGCUGCUGAUGAUUACAAUAGAAUUGGGUCUUCAUUAUAUGCUUUAGGAACUCAGGACUCUACAGAUAUAUGCAAGUUUUUCCUCAAAGUUUCAGAACUGUUUGAUAAAACCAGAAAAAUAGAGGCCCGGGUGUCUGCUGACGAGGACCUCAAGCUGUCUGACCUGCUGAAGUACUACUUACGGGAGUCUCAAGCAGCUAAGGACCUCCUCUACAGAAGGUCGAGGUCACUGGUGGACUACGAAAAUGCCAAUAAAGCACUGGACAAGGCAAGAGCAAAAAACAAAGAUGUCCUACAGGCGGAAACGUCCCAACAGUUGUGCUGUCAGAAGUUUGAAAAAAUAUCUGAAUCUGCAAAACAAGAACUGAUAGAUUUUAAGACAAGAAGAGUUGCUGCAUUCAGAAAAAAUUUAGUGGAGCUUGCAGAACUAGAACUAAAGCAUGCAAAGGGCAACCUCCAGUUGCUGCAGAACUGCCUUGCAGUUUUAAAUGGAGAUACAUAGGCCACACUCUGCCUUCUGCUGAAAAGGGCUGCCUUCAAAUCUCCUUUGAUUUCUUGAUGACUCUGGCAUCUAAGCUCACUGGGAACAACAGGAACAGCUGGCGAGGUGCAUCAACUCUUCUUCUGAGAGACAGUGGAGCAGCAGGGCUCACUGGCCUCAGGGCAGUGGCCUGUCACCCCGCACUUGACCUUCCAAGAAGCCCAAAGUUUAACUCUCUUUUUUCUUUAAGUAGCCUGUCUUCACUGUGUUUGUGUCCUCCUUACCUUGGAAUCACUUGUCCAGUUUUAACAUUCUCAAGAGUCCCUUGAUCACACAAGAUAAAGGUUGCCUUCUGUUUUUUUUUUUUUUUUUUUUUUAAGCACCUUGUGCCCUGAGUUCUUUCAUGUAUCUAUGUAAAACAUUUAAUGAGACUUACUUUGAAUUAAUGAACGUAGACGUUUUGGGUCAGUUUCUGUGAGCUUUAUAAGUAUGAUCUCUGAAGAAAAGCAGAUGCGCUAGUAUGUUUGCCUUAAAUUUGUGGACUAAACCAAUAUUGUGAAAUGCCCAGCGAUACCAGUGGCGUUUUAACUCUGUGCUUCUUGUAUCGCUCUGGAAUUUGGGGUAGCGAUAAUAAAUCUACUCCAGUGUUAUGCUUUACAGUG